UGUAUCCUGAUGUGACCAGUCACCAAUAAUAGUGCCACGCCCCUAUUUUCAUGUGAUUUGAUCUUGUUAUUUUCUCGCCGCAUACAAUCUCAGUGGCUUAAUUGCAAUUUACUACUCUCUAGCUAAUAUGGUUCUGGUUUUGGUUCUGGGCGACCUGCACAUCCCGCACAGAUGUAGCAGUUUUCCAGCGAAGUUCAGGAAGCUGCUUGUGCCAGGACGAAUCCAACAUAUUUUAUGUACAGGGAACUUGUGCACCAAGGAGUCAUUUGACUAUCUGAAAACACUCGCCAGUGAUGUUCACAUUGUCAGAGGCGACUUUGAUGAGAAUUUAGUCUACCCUGAGCAGAAAGUAGUAACCGUGGGCCAAUUCCGUAUAGGCCUAUGCCAUGGUCAUCAGGUAGUUCCAUGGGGCGACCCAGAGGCUCUGGCUCUUGUGCAACGACAGCUCGAUGUUGACAUCCUCAUCUCUGGUCACACCCACAAAUUUGAGGCAUAUGAGCACGGGAACAAAUUCUAUAUCAACCCUGGCUCAGCGACAGGCGCCUAUCACCCUUUGGAGAAUAAUGUCAUACCUUCUUUCAUGCUGAUGGACAUUAAGAGCUCAACUGUAAUGACAUACGUGUAUCAACUGCAAGGGGAGGAGGUCAAAGUUGAGCGUAUUGAGUAUAAAAAAAACUAAUGUAUUGAAUCUCGUAUUGACAAAUUUGCUACAAAAUAUUCUAGCAUAAUAUUCCAAUAAUGUGAACAUUGUAAAAAUAUGAAGUCCGCUCGACUUCAAAUUAUCUUACAAGAUUAUUCAUAGCUCUUUUAGCCUGCUUUUAUUGAAUUACCCCAAAUAAAAAUAACUGGAUUUUGAUGUUCAUGCUGGGUAUUUUUCCUUUUAAUUAUCUUGUUUACUGAAAAAUGAACUAUAUUUGAGGUGUAACAAUAAGCUGUGUGAAAGUUCGUAUGUUCUCUGAAAGUAAUUUCUUUUCAACUCUUUGGCACGAUAUUUAGGCUACCUGAGAACUGAUAUUGCUGUUAACUGACAAAAUGUUAUAUUGAAGUCAUUUUGUUUUCGAACUUAUGAAGGUGCCAAUCAAGCGCACCUUCAAUUAAAUUUUUGUUUCUUCUGGUGACUGCCUGGUGUAGGUGUUUUCCAGGAGUUGUCCAUUCCGUUAAUUCUGCUAAAAUGUUUGAUGUUUCUAUUGAAUGAAAGUAACUGGCAAAUAUAAAAGAUAUAA